AUGUACCCGAGCCUGGCAUUGGCCCCAAGCCCCGGCCAGGCUACCUACGCAGACUCGGGAGCCUUUCUGCACGCACCAGGCGCCGGCUCCCCGGUAAUCGUGCCGCCGGCGCGCGUCCCCUCUAUGCUGCCCUACCUAACCGGCUGCGAGCCCGGCCCGCAGCCCUCCGCGCUCGCCCCUCAGCCCAGACCGGCCUUUUGGCGCCGCCGCCGCCUCCUCGCCUCCUCGGCGCAGGAAGCGGUGUCUGACUUCUUGGAGGAGUUUCCUGGUGAAGGUCGUGAGUGUGUCAACUGCGGGGCCCUGUCCACACCGCUCUGGCGCCGGGAUGGCACCGGCCACUACCUGUGCAAUGCCUGCGGCCUCUACCACAAGAUGAACGGAGUCAACCGGCCGCUGGUGCGGCCCCAGAAGCGCCUGUCCUCGACCCGCCGUACCGGCCUCUGCUGCACCAACUGUCACACGACCACCACCACGCUGUGGCGGCGCAACGCAGAUGGCGAGCCCGUGUGCAAUGCCUGCGGGCUCUACACCAAGCUGCACGGGGUGCCCCGGCCCCUGGCGAUGAAGAAGGAAAGCAUCCAGACUCGGAAAAGGAAGCCUAAGAAUGUUGCCAAGACCAAGGGCCCCUCAGGGUGCCCAGGGAACACCACAGCCUCCCAGCCGUCCUCCAUCCCCAUCCCUGAGAGCUCAGCGGCCACUCUGAAACCCAAGCCCAGCCUGGCAUCCCCUACUUGCCCUGGGCCCUGCGUCACCUCCCAGGCCUCCAGCCAGGUGGACGACCCCCUGGCUCCCAGCCACUUGGAGUUCAAAUUUGAGGCUGAAGACUUCCCCCUCCCCUCCAUGGCCCUGGGCUCCCAGGCUGGACUGGGAGGGGCCCUGCGCCAGGAGGCCUGGUGUGCACUGGCCUUGGCCUAG